AGAAUCUAGGGACAAAAAAUGCCGAACUCAAAAACGUCGAAAAAGGUCAAAUCCUUAGAAGAAAUCGAGGAAGAAACAGAUACCCCUUCCGAAGUAGGGGACUCAAACACGAAAGGUGGCUCAGCGAAUGAAGUCAAUAAGGCCAAAAAUAAGGAAAAUUCCAGAGAUGAAAACGAAGGAAGUGAAAGUAGUGACGAUGAAAACGACAAGGGUUCAGUAUCAGUUUCAUCAGACGAAGAAUCUUCGAGACUGAGAAGAUAUUUGAAUGCAAUCAAAAAUUCGAACUGCAGAUGCGUGGAUAGAGAAAUGUUUUUGAAAAUGUUGAUACCACUGGUUUCUGUGGUGGUUACCUUAGCUGCCAUCAUGGUGCUUUUCCUAUUCGAAGAUGAUAUUCAUGAAAUUUACGAGUUGGAUGAACAAAAUGAACAGAAACCCCUUUAUCAAGAAAGGUAUCCCCUUCUUUAAACAGUUCAGAGUUAAAAUUCAAUCCUGAUGAAAUCAAUUAUGUAAAUAAUGUAUAUAAGCUAUAAAACAGUAAGAUCAAAUAAAUUUUCAUGGAAUACCUCUUCUAUUGACUGAACGAAGCAUGUUUGAAAUAGGUCGACCUAGUUUGAUUAUCGAAUGUAGCCAAAAAUUGAAGGUUAAAUGACAGUGUCAAAAUUAUUAUAAUUUUGAGCAAUUUUGGCAUUGUCAUCUAACCUUCAUUUUCGGAUGCAUUAGAUUCAUGAUUUUCCCUCAAAAUUCAAAAUUAUCAGUAGAAAAUGAACGAACCAGAAAUCCCAGAUCCAUACUGCAAUCCAGACUCACCUGUUGCUAUAACAUUCGAUGAAAUAACAUCAGCAGCCUACCGAAUCAAAUCUGGAAUCAAAAAUACUGAGUGCUCGAAGUCUGAACAUCUCACCAACUUGACUGGCAUGGAGAUAUACAUAAAAAAGGAAUUCCUGCAGGCUACUGGGAGUUUCAAAGAGAGAGGAGCAAGGUUUGCGAUGUUGAGGAUGCCAGAUGAUGUAAAAGCUAAAGGAGUUGUUGCUGCAUCUGCUGGAAACCAUGCACAGGCAUGCUGUUAUCACGGUCUUACGCUUGGAAUACCUGUCACAGUCGUUAUGCCAGAAUGUGCACCCAUCAUGAAGAUUCAAAAAUGUAGGAAUUACAAGGGAAAUGUGAUAGUUCAAGGCAAAAAUUUGUCGGAAUCCAAAAAAAUCGCUCUGGCUUACGCUAGAGAUAAUGGAAUGAUGUAUUUGAAUGGCUACGAUCAUCCGCAAGUUUUGGCUGGUCAAGGCACUAUCGGUUUGGAAGUUUGGGAGCAAGUUCCUGAUCUUGGAGCCGUUAUAGUUCCAGUUGGUGGCGGAGGGCUUCUGGCAGGAAUUUGCGUUGCUAUAAAAGCCCUUGAUCGGAAUAUACAAGUCAUUGGAGUAGAACCAGAAAGGGCUGCUUGCCUGACAGAGGCUUUUAAAGUGGGGAAACCAGUGGAAGUUAAAGUCGACAGUACUUUAGCUGACGGUUUGGCUGUGGCAAAAAUUGGAGUAAAUUCAUUCGAAUGUGUGAAACGUAUCCUGGAUAAAUGCGUGGCCGUCAAAGAACAAUAUGUGGCUUUAGCCAUUUUGAGACUUGUCGAGUAUGAGAAGAGCGUAGUCGAAGGAGCUGGGGCUAGUCCUUUGGCCGCUAUUCUGCAAGGUCUGGUGCCAGAAUUGAAAGGAAAGAAAGUCUGUUUGAUUCUCAGUGGAGGAAAUAUCGAUACAACGGUUUUGGGUCGUGUCCUUGAGAGAGGUUUAGCAGCAGAUGGACGUUUGGUCAAGGUGAAGGUCUGUAUUUCCGACAGAAUUGGUGGGAUAGAAGAUCUCUCGAAUACUAUCGGAAGUUUAGGUGUUCACAUCAAGGAUAUGGUUCAUGAACGAGCUUGGGUCGUAGAAGACGUUUUCAAGGUGGAAGUAAAAGUGAUAUGCGAAUGCAGGGACCGGGAACACAGUUUGACCCUCAAAGAAACAUUAGCUAACAAAUAUGGAUCAAUAUACUUCAAUGGUCAACUGUACCCAGACGACGAUAUAGCCAGACCGACAGCAAUUUUCGCUGGUCCACCCUCCCAACCACCAAUGCUACCCGAAACAACUAGUUUGUCGGUACAACAGAAUGUGGUAGAUUUAGAGGUAGGCUCGAAGAGGGCAGAUACAACAGCAGCUUCAUCGCAAGCGUCCGCACAGAUGGGCGCUGGUUCUAUGCAUCCCUCCCAACAGCCAACAGGUUCUUUUCAUCCUUCUCAAGCUGGAGGGUAUACCCCAUACCAGCAAACUGGUGGCUCACUACACCCGUCUCAGCUUCAGGGCUCACAGCAUCCAUCCCAACAGAUUGGUGGAUCUCUACAUCCCUCGCAAGUAGUCUGUGAACCGUGCGGUUCCGUGCAAGGGUCCCAGCAGAUAGCCGGUUCCAUGCACCCUUCCUGCGCUCCUUGUGCCUCUUUCCAGGGUGCAGCUGGCGGUUCUCUCCAUCCCUCGCAGCAGAUGGGCUCUCUGCACCCAUCGCAGCAGGGUUCCCUGCAUCCAUCACAGCAGAUGGGUUCUAUGCAUCCAUCGCAGCAGGGUUCAGUUCAACCUUCGAUUGGUGGUUCUGUUGCGGGCCAGCUUCCUCCCCUUGCACCACCGUUGGGAGACCAAUCCUUCGCUCAAGCUGCAACCCAAAUCAGUUACAGUCAGCAGUCGCAGCAGUCAGCUAGACAGAACGAUGUAGGCUUGCAGAAACGAUUCUCCUGCUGCUCCUGCAAAAGGCGUAGCGCCCCUGGGGAUUACAACAGAGCAUCGUGAUAAACCAACACAUUAAACUUUCCAUAUAUACUGUCGAAACUGUGACAUCAUCAUUUUUUUCUGUAGUCCUUUUUAUUUCACGUCGAAUAAACGUCAUGAUUUGUCACUCUGAAGGGGGUCUUUGAAACCGUUAUGGAC